ACUCCUAAUGUAACACCAAUACUACCCUCUAGCUUAGUUUUUCUGAAACAGGAAAAUCACGAACACAUAUGAUAAUCAUAUUUCUCUUUCUCUCUCUCUCUACCAUUGUCUAUCUUGAAUAGCAUCUAGUCAGAUAAUUUUCUUAGAAUCACAAGUAAAUACAGGGGACACGCAUCUCCCACCCACCAUUAUAAAUGGCUAACGGAUACACAAUGUACUGACCCAUCUUUUAACGUGUACUUUGGUUUUUGUUUAUAAAAAGGGUCGUCAAGAAGAAAAGAAGUCAAGGGAGCAGAACCACAUAAAGAGAGAGAGAGAGAGAGAGGAAGAAAAUGGUGUCAUAUGGUGUUGCCCCUUUCAUUUUUCUGCUACUCCUCAGUGGGUGUUGUGCAAGGCCUCUCUUUACACUCCCUAGCAGCAAUGGUAAAAAUAAACAGCCCCUACAGACUUUUCGCCCCUUUAAUCUAGCACAUCGAGGUUCCAAUGGAGAAUUUCCUGAAGAAACUGCUGCUGCAUACAUGAGAGCCAUUGAAGAAGGUGCUGACUUUAUAGAAACAGAUAUCUUAGCCUCCAAAGACGGAGUUCUUAUAUGCCACCAUGAUGUAACCCUUGAUGAUACAACUGAUAUAGCAGAACACAAGGAGUUCGCAAACCGAAAGAGGACUUAUGAGGUCCAAGGUGUUAACACAACUGGCUAUUUUACUGUUGAUUUCACUCUAAAAGAACUGAUGUCAUUAGGGGCAAAGCAGAGAUAUCCAUUCCGGGAUCAACAAUAUAACGGGCAAUUUCCUAUUGUCACUUUUGAAGAGUUCAUUUCAAUUGCAUUGGCUGCUCCCAGAAUUGUUGGAAUAUAUCCAGAAAUAAAAAACCCAGUUUUUAUUAACAAGCAUGUGAAAUGGUCUGGUGGUAAGAGAUUUGAGGACAAAUUUGUUGAUACGCUUAUGAUGUAUGGAUACAGAGGUUCAUAUAUGUCGAAGGAAUGGUUGAAACAACCAGUGUUUAUUCAAUCCUUUGCCCCAUCUUCACUAAUUUACAUAUCAAACCAGACAGACCUGCCUAAGAUCUUCCUUAUUGAUGAUGUGACUAUAUAUACUGAAGACACAAAUCAGUCAUAUUGGGAAAUUACUUCGGAUAGUUACCUUGACUUCAUCAAGGAAUAUGUUGUUGGGAUUGGACCUUGGAAGGAUACCGUGGUUCCUGUUUCAAACAAUUAUCUGCAAACACCUACUGAUCUUGUUGCCCGUGCACAUGCCCGUAACCUACAGGUGCACCCAUACACGUACCGUAAUGAGAACUCGUUCUUACAUUUAAACUUCAAUCAAGACCCAUAUUUGGAAUAUGAUUACUGGCUAAACAAGAUUGGAGUUGAUGGACUCUUUACAGACUUCACGGGCAGCCUCCACCGUUACCAAGAAUUGACCUCUCCUUUAUCCCAGAAUGAAGACGAUGCAUCUAAACUACUGCAUAAGAUUUCAUCUAUGCUCGCAAAGUAUAGAAAGACAUGAGUCUCAGUAGGCAUUGGAAGAGUUUCACGUGUAUGGAUAACUUACCUGGGAUUUCAACUUGUCAAGAUCAUCUGCAGAGCACCCAAGUAUAUAUUCCGCGUGUUCAUUGAACACAGAGAGCCAAGCUUCACCACUUGCAUCAGAAACUCUAACUACCAUUAUAUACCUGAAUACAACAAAGAGUGAUAGAUUAUGGCACUUGCAUAACAGCUUUGACAAGCUACUACUGCAGUGAUUGAUUUAUAAAGUUUCAAACCUCAAGCUGCACUCUUCAUCAUUCUUCUGGCAUCCUUCACACCAGUACCCAGAACCAAUGGAUUCAGUAACUUUCUUGUUGCAUGUCUUGCAAGCCCGGUACCACAUUGGCUGAUCAGGCUUUAUGAAGCUUAUGUAUGCCUUUA